GGUAACUGUCUACGCGGCGUAGAUUUACAUAAAAUGGGCAAAAUAUACUGCAGUUGAACUUUGUAAAAUCUGUGAUUAUGGCUAAUGUGAACGACAUGGAGAGUGUAUCUCUUUUUGACGGUGAUUUGUUGACUGACAUUGACUAUAGUAAAGGCAAAUGUAAUUUAAAUGAAUAUGGUAUCUCGCCGGCCAACCCAGGGGAAGAUCUAUGUAUGAGACCCCUGUGUACAGAUGACUUUGAUAAAGAUUUUAUAGAGCUUUUAUCACAGCUUACUAAAGUGGGAGAUAUAACAAGGGAGAAAUUUUUAAAGCGUUUUCAUGGUAUGUUGGCUAAUGAAGGAACCUAUUACAUCAUCGUUGUUGAGAAUCUCAAACUAAGGAAAUUGGUAGCAUGUGGAUCACUGAUAGUAGAACAAAAGUUCAUCCAUGACACUGCUGUAAGGGGUAGAAUAGAAGAUAUUGUCGUUGAUGACAGCAUCAGAGGUCAACGGAUUGGAAAACUUAUUGUAGAGACAUUGCUGCUUCUUAGUGAGAAGUUAGGCUGUUAUAAAACAAGUUUAGAAUGUAGAGAUCCACUUCUACCGUUCUACUCCAAGUUUGGAUUUGUUGCUGAAUCCCAACAGAAUCAUCUAUGUAAGAGGUUCUUUCAUUAAAUUGGGGCUUACUUAGUUACCCGAUAUGGUUGCUAGGGGUAUUAUAGUUGAUAUUUAUUUCAAGUUGAAACAAUAGUUGGCAGUGGCUGUAAUGACAGUAUAGCCGUAGCCAGUGUGCAGGCAGAUAUUUUCCCUGUCUGCAGCUUUAUAUUCAGGGUGAUCAGCAGCCUGCUUGUUUUGAAAUUAUUCAGAGGCAGCCUUUCUGCUUAGUAAAUUAAAUGAAUACUGUGUAUCUCAUAAUAAAAGUAUCAAUUACAACAUAGAUUUGAAAUAUUAGAAAGUUUAACUGAAAGGAAUUUGUUGUUCUUGAUUUUAGCUACUAUUUGCAUUGUUACUUUAUUGUCCGUGAAUCCAAUUUUUUGAUUAUGGAAAUACAAGCUAAAAUUAGGAACAGAUUCCUGUCGUCACAAACAUGUGGUGGUGGUGAUGACAUGAUUGGUCAACCAACACAAGAGAUAGUACUACAAAGUAACUACUUCCCUGCAAUCACUAGUGCAAGUACUAUAAACUACUUCUCUGCAAUCACUAGUGCAAGUACUAUAAACUACUUCCCUGCAAUCACUAGUGCAAGUUUUUUAAUCAAGACAUUGAAGAUGCUCUGAUGUUGAUUUCAUUGAAAGCAUAUUUCAUGAUUACAGUACUUGACUGUCACCAAGUAUUUUAUUGCUUUUUAAGACCCACAUGGAUCCAAGAAAACUUGUAAUCAUUUCUUCUGUUUUACAUGAUCUCUUGCUGAGAGCUGCUUCUGAUUGGUUCAAAAUAAAGAAAAAAAAGAGAGAAAGUUGUGCUAAGGUUCUUGGAUCCAUUUGGGCUGUAAGUUGAAAAAAUUGAAAAAAUAGGAUUUUUCCAUAAUAUUUUGUUUGAAAGCAAAAUUCAUCAAGGCUUCCAAACAGAAGUGGUUUCCUUGAAUGUUUAGACAAUCCCUAUUAUUCUUGAAAUCAGAUACAGAUUCCAAGCUAAUUUUAAUAUUUUAGUGUAUAAUAUAACUCUGAUAGUCUAUUCACUAACUAGUGCUAGCAAUGGUUGAACCAUGUGAUUGAAAAAAAUAAUAAUUAAACAAAAUGUCAAAUUUGCUGAUCUCAAGAUAUGAAAUUGCCUGCUCAGGUUGACAGAUCAUACUUUAUUGUAUGGGGGAUGGAAAGGUGUACUCAUUAUGAACAAAAUUAUAGUUUUAUUUACACUAAUUAUUAUACAUGCAUUAUUGUGAGUUAUUUAUGUAACAAUGCACUUAGUAAACUAUAGCCAUUUUAAUUUGGGUUGAGUUGCUGUCAUUCAAGUUGUAUGUGGCCAGUCAAAAUCCUAACUUUCUAUCAUGACUCAGAAUUCUUCCUUAGAUCUCAAUGCCAUUCUGAAAGGCUGGUAAUGAUAGAUAUAUUUAUUCGGUUCAUUUAUUCUUGCACAAUAUUCAAACUAAACAGGCUCACUGAUCAUCUUACUUGGAUGCUUAGUUACCAUUCCAUAUAAGAGUUAGCAGAAGAAGUAGGUACAUGUAGGUGAAGUCAGAAAUGGUUUGAAUAAAUCAUUGGUCUAUUCAGAUUUGAAUUCAUUACACUUAAUCUUUAAGUGAAAAUAUAAAACCAUGGCAAUUAUGAAUAAAUAAAACACUUCUA